AUGGAUGUUGAAGAGGACUUGCUGAUAGUUGACGAGGUCGGCGUCUCUAAUCAACAAGCAGGGCGCGAACAAACUUCCGCCCGGCCCGUGUUUUCAGAUUCUGAGAGGGUCUAUUGUAGAGUUGCGGAUCCCGGCCAGGAAAGACUCCGCCAAAGCGAAGGCUCGGGUAGAUAUUCGUAUGCGGACGCGGUUCGGGACUGCGUGUUACACUUCAGACUGGCCAGAAAAUCAGAUAACAUCAGACCAUUGUUAGUAAAACUAAAAUUUAAAGCAUUAAAAGAUUUGAUCAUGAAAAAUCAGUCAAACUUAAAAAAGUUAGAUGAUGAUUUAAAAGGAAUAAACAUUGGUCACGACAUGACUAAGGAACAACGAGCAGAUUUAAAAAAUUAA